AUGGGCGGCUUCCAAUCGCAACAAUCCGAUCCGGAGAAUGAGGCCGGUUUUGGGCGUCGUCAAGAAGAUCGUUUAAUGUACAAAUUGGUGGAUAUGCACGGUGGAGGGGAGCUGAUCGCGUGGAUGAGAUACGCUGGUCGUUACGGGGAUUACUCGAUGGUUGAGGGGUAUUUCGAUUCAAAAGUUAGCGAGAGCAUGUACAACCAGGGAAAGGGGAAGAUCAUGUCGAUAAACGAGUUGGUCAAAAUACGAAAUCAGGAACGAAACGACUAUUGGCAACGCCUUUUAGCGAAACGACAAAACGGAAAAACGGCACCGAAUCUUCUCGAUCAUUUCAAUCAAGAGGGAAAUAAUACGGGUGAUGUGCAAAAAGCGCUGAAACUUUUGGAUGGUGGCGGAAAGAAAGGGAAAAACGAGUCAAAGUACCGGGAUGUUGUGUGGAAAUUCGAGGAAAGGGGCAGUAUGGGUGAGACUCUAAUGGGCGUCGCUCUACUCACCACCACUCCCGCUCAUCACUCGCUCGUCGUGCGUCUAGCCAACGAGUUCCCGAAACUCGUCAACGACUAUUGUAUCUCGGAAGAUUAUUACGGAAUGUCCCCACUCCAUCAAGCGAUCAUCAACGAAGACUGUCACAUGGCGCACAUUUUACUCAAGAAAGGAGCCAAUGUGCAUACUAGAUGUUAUGGAGCAUUUUUUUGUGCUGAGGAUCAGCGGAGCCAUCGCGGAGACAUCCCCGACGAGGAGUCGGUUCAAUUGCCCAUUCGAACCAAUUACACUGGUCGAAUGUACUUUGGUGAGUACCCAUUGUCGUUUGCAGCCUGUAUGAAUGAGGAGGAUUGCUUUCGAUUGUUGAUCGCUUACAAGGCCAAUCCGAACAAUCAGGAUUGCAAUGGGAACACCGUACUUCACAUGUGCGUCAUUCACGAGAAUCUGAAAAUGUUACGUCUUGCCGUCGACAAGGGAGCGAAACUCUCGAUCGUCAAUCGACAACAACUCUCCCCAUUGACACUUGCAGCAAAGCUAGCGAAACGCGAGAUGUUUGUCGAGAUUUUGGGCAUGGAAGCCGAUGUCAUUUGGUCGUAUGCCGAUGCAUCACAGACCGCCUACCCCGCGCUCUCUUUGAUCGUUUAUGGGGGGUCAACAGAGCACUUGGAGCUGCUCGACGGCCUCUUGGAAAGCAUUAUCGAAAGCAAAUGGGCGGCUUAUGGAAGGAAGAGAUGGAUCAUCUCGUUCUUGAGCUUUGUUGUUUACUAUAUUUUCUUCGUUGUUGCUUUCAUUUUACGGCCCAUCAGCAUGACCACAGAGGCAAUCACCAAACACAACAUCUGCGAGUCGGGCUUGCCGAGUCAAAACACAUCGUGGUGGACGAAACUCGAUCCGGACGAUAAUUGGAAUGAGAAAUUCGAUGAACUCGGCUUUGUGGUCGCUUUCAAUGAAGGAUGUCCGAUCACGUUUCCUGGUGACAAAUCGUGGUGUCAUUUACGGGAUUACAAUAAAAUGAGCUCGCGAUAUUUUGGAUCCGGAUGGGCUCGACUCGGCUGUGAGGCUGUCGUUGUCGUUUGUGUCAUCGCGCAAAUCACCAUGGAUCUCAUCGACAUUCGCCGAAUUGGACGACAAAAAUGGAUGGCACUUUUGAAAUCUUUCCCCGCCAAAAUCAUCUACAAGUUCUCCUUUCUGCUCAUCCUGCUCGUGAUCCCGGUGCGUACUCUGUGUUUUGUUGGUCCGGCAAUGCUCGAGAUCGACAACUACUUGUCGAUCAUCUCCGUUCUCUUCACCACUGUGCAUUUUCUGUUUUAUUGUCGUGCCAUCAAAUUCAUCGGUCCAUUCGUCUUGAUGAUCUACACAAUCAUCAGGACGGACAUCUUGCGUUUCGUCACCAUUUACGUGAUUUUCCUCUUCGGUUUCUCACAAGCUUUCUACAUCACAUUCAACUCGUGCGAGAAGUACAAGAAUCAACUGAUCGCAUCUGGCGCCUCAGAGAAUGAGUCGGAUUGGGUCGAUCAAGAUGGACGUCUUCACAUGGGAAUCGCCGAUUUCGACAAUAUCCUCGCCUCACCCCAGGAGUCUUUUAUUCGAACGUUCAUCAUGACAAUCGGUGAAUUCAUGAGUCUCUAUCGUGAGCUUGCCACUUGUCAAGAUCCAGUGAUGACCGUGAUGGGAAAGCUGUGUUUCAUCGUUUUCGAGUUGCUCGUCUUCGUACUUCUCUUCAAUUUGCUCAUCGCUUGCCUCACGCGCACCUACGAGACGAUUUUCAACACGAGAAAAGAGUACAAGAGACAGUGGGCUCAAGUAAUCCUCUCGCUGGAGAUGUCCCUUUCACCGCAGGAACGUCUCAUUCACCUCCUCAAAUACUCACGUCCCAUCGGCACAAACAAACAACGACGCAGCUAUGUAAUCAACAAAAAGCUAAAUGAAGACAACAUGGAGAGCUACGAGAAGCGGGCACAAGACGAAAAGUCCAAGUCGAUCGCUGAAGAAAAACGCUUUUUACAGAAGAGGAAACUCAAGGACCUCGAGCUACGAGAGGGUCUCCGCCCGUUAACAGCUCUUAUCCGCCCUGUGACCUCAUACCUUUCGGGUUUGGGUCGACCGAAAACGAAAGCGGUGAAAUCACACGAGAACCCGAUGAUCACUGUCUAUGCAAAGAGGGCAAUAAAUAGGACGAAUAAUAAA